UGUAGCGCUCCGAAACUCCUAGCAGGCGCCCGAGGGCUGGAUGCGAGCUUGAUGGACGGCUGCGCGCUGCCCCGACUCAUGCCCGCCUCGCCUGGAGUCGCUGGAACCUGUGCUGCUCGCCGGAGACCCGCAUCCCCGGAACUGCUGCGCUGCAGCCGCCGCCGGCGAUCUGGCACAACCGAGGCUGGGGGCGGCUCGGCGGCCGUGGCACGCCGCAACGAGCGGGAACGCAACCGCGUGAAGCUGGUAAACUUGGGCUUCCAGGCGCUGCGGCAGCACGUGCCGCACGGCGGCGCCAGCAAGAAGCUGAGUAAGGUGGAGACGCUGCGCUCCGCCGUAGAAUAUAUUCGUGCGCUGCAGCGGCUGCUUGCAGAGCACGACGCGGUGCGCGCCGCGCUUGCCGGAGGGCUGCUAACACCGGCCACUCGGCCCUCGGCCGCCCGCGCGCCUCCUGUUGCCUCCCCUGCCAGUGCGUCGCUGUCCUGCGCGUCUUCAUCCCCAGACCGCCGGGGCAGCUCGGAGCCUGGCUCCCCGCGCUCCGCCUACUCGUCGGAGGACAGUGGCUGCGAGGGAGAGCUGAGUCCCGUAGAGCGCGAGCUGCUUGACUUUUCCAGCUGGUUAGGGGGCUACUGAGCACCCAACCCCUCUGAGGUAAAUUCCAGGGCCUCGGGGAGGAAAGG